GUGUUAGCAAUAUAUAUAUUAUUAUAUAUAUAUAAAAUAUAUAUAUAUAUAUUAAUAUAAGUAUAUAUUAGCAUUUUAUUUGGUAAUAGUAUUAUAUAUUGUAGCCACGUUUAAACUUUAUUUAUUUAUUUUACAUUAUUUGUUAGCCUUACUGAAAUGUUGCGGGGUGCGUUAGAAAUCGGUGCAUCGAGUCACAAAGCUCUUUAUUUAAACCACUCAGUACCAGUGUAGUACAACACGGAUUGCGACGCACCCUAAAAAAAAAAAAACCGCCUCAUCUUUCUAUAGACUAGUAGAAACAUUUAGGUAAGACGUCCACGAGUUCUACAGCUUCAGCUUGUUUUUACUCAUUUUUGUAGUUAACAUAAGAAAAAAAAACACGCAUUAUUUUGUAGUUUAUAGGGUGUUGGGAUAAAACUUUGGACAUCUGGUGCAUUUGAUCUAAAUACAAGUAAUUUAUCAGGUGUUUAAUGAAAGAAAGCAAAAAUGGACCCAAAUAGGCCAUCAUUUCGAGCAGGAUUCCCCGUUGUUCCACAUGUUCCUGUGGCACGGGGUCGAGGCUUACUCGCAGAUGAACGCUCCCCAGGACGAGCCAGAGGUUUGACAGCAAGCGAGCUCUCUGUGGGGCGAGCUUGGGGUUUGGCUGUAUCUACAGGAGAGCCCUCGGUAGGCCGAGCUCGAAGCCCGGCUCAGUUUGCGGACGAGCCGUCUGUGGAGCGAGCCAGAGGUUUAUCUGUGAUGGCUGAGGAACCUUCUGUUGGUCGUUCUCGAGGUGCUCCUGUAGCUCCAGCAGAAGCUAUGGCUGGGAGAGGUAGAGGUCAGACGUCCACCACGUUGUUUCCUUAUGGCAGAGGAAGCCCGGUGUUAGGCAGUGACGAGCCUGUUAGUGUACCGCAGGAAGGGGAGGAGAAGGAGGAAGGGGGCAGCAGAGGGUUUGGAAGAGCCAGAGGGUUUCUUCACACAUCUAAGGAACCUGCAGUGGGAAAAGGAAGAAGCAUGUCACUGUUUGGUAAAGAGUACGAGCCUCCAGGUGAAAGCGAACAUGUGGAAACUUCUGGAGUUAUUCCCUGUUUGCAGGAGAAGGAGACACCCAAAUUUUGUGCUGAUGUUCCAGGUCCAGGCUCGUCUCUGCUGUCCAUGUUCAGAGGAAUGGGCAUUGAACCGUCUAAGACCUGGGGCAGAGGAACCACAGCUUUGGGACGAGAUGCAUUGGGUGCUUACCGAGAAGAUGUUCAGCUGCCUCCUGUUGUAUCUGAAGGCGCUUCAGGCUACAGUGGCAGUGUUGCAGGUAGAGGACUGAUCAAAGUCGAAAAAGCUGCAGGGUUUCCAGUGGGUCGAGGUUCCGGGGCCCCGCUCUUACCCCUGAUCACGAAAGAUACCCCCCUGACCCCAGCAAUCUGCGCUCCGAAAGCAGAGCUGAAGAUGGAGGCAGAACGCGAGCCGCUGAAGAAAGUAGGAACAAAGGGAGAUCCGGUCUCGGUCGGCUCGAACCACAUCCCCAUCUGGUGCAAGAACGAAGCCGUGUUCCAGUAUCACGUCACCUUUAUGCCAAACGUGGAGUCAGUCAGCAUGCGCUUUGGGAUGAUGAAAGAGCAUCGGGCAACUACAGGAGAUGUAGUGGCCUUUGACGGUUCUAUCCUUUAUCUACCAAAACACCUGGGGGAGGUUGUUCAUCUGAAAGCUGAGAGGAGAACUGACAAUGAGGAGAUUGAUAUUAAAAUCCAGAUGACUAAAAUCCUGCCCCCACAUUCUGAUCUGUGUAUCCCAUUCUACAAUGUCGUCCUGCGCAGAGUGAUGAAGAUUUUGGGGCUGAAUCUGAUUGGCAGGAAUCAUUAUGAUCCAAAAAGUGCAGUUGUUCUCGCCAAGCACAGGCUGCAGGUGUGGCCUGGUUAUUCUUCCUGUAUAAAACACACAGAUGGAGGUUUGUACCUGGUCGUGGACGUUUCACACAAAGUGCUGAGGAGCGAUUCAGUCCUGGACAUCAUGAACAUCAUCUACCAGGAGAGUCGAGAGAGCUUCCAGGACGAGUGCACCAAAGAGAUAAUCGGCUCCAUAGUCAUCACUCGCUACAACAACCGAACCUACCGCAUCGACGACAUCGAGUGGUCCAAAUCCCCCAAAGAUUCCUUCACCAUGGCAGACGGCACCGAGAUCAGCUUCAUCGAAUACUACAGAAAAAACUACGGCAUCACCGUGAAAGAACUGGAUCAGCCCUUGUUGGUCCAUCGGCCGAAGGAAAAGGCCAAUCCUGGGGGAAAGCAGGUUAUAACGGGCGAGAUCCUGCUGCUGCCUGAGCUCUCCUUCAUUACCGGCAUCCCCGAGAAAAUGAAGAAAGAUAACAGAAGUAUGAAGGACUUGACGGCGCACAUUAACGUGAGCGUGGAGCAGCACACACACUCUCUAAAGCAGCUUCUAAGCAACAUCAGCACCAAUCAGGACGCAGUGAGCGAGCUGGAACGCUGGGGCCUCCAGAUCAGCUCCGAUAUACUGGUGACUCAGGGAAGAACUUUGCCCAUGGAGACCAUUUGCCUGCAGUCUGCCACAUUCGUCACCUCUCCGUCUGUCGAUUGGUCGAGAGAGGUGGUCAGAGACUCGUCUAUCAGCUGUAUCCCUCUGUACUGCUGGGUGGUUUUUUACCCUCGUAGGGCUGCGUCUCAGGCGGAGGAGCUGGUGACGAUGUUCCAGAAGGUCGCCGGGCCGAUGGGGAUCAGGCUGGACCGUCCGAUCUACGUGGAGCUCCGUGACGAUCGCACAGAGACCUACGUAAAGAGCAUCCACUCUCAGCUGAGCAGCGAGCCCAACGUGCAGCUGGUGGUUUGCCUCUUGAUGGGAAACAGAGACGACCUCUACAGCGCUAUUAAAAAGCUCUGCUGCGUCCAGAGUCCGUGUCCUUCGCAGGCGAUCAACGUCCGGACCAUCUCGCAGCCCAAGAAGCUCCGUAGCAUCGCGCAGAAGAUCCUCCUGCAGAUCAACUGCAAACUUGGAGGAGAACUUUGGACGGUCAACAUUCCCCUGAAACACUUGAUGGUGGUCGGCGUGGACGUCCAUCACGACACCAGCAAGAAAAUCCGAUCUGUGAUGGGGUUUGUGGCGAGUCUUAACACCCUGAUGACCAAGUGGUUCUCCAGAGUCACGUUCCAGAUGAGCAACGAGGAGAUCAUUAGCGGCUUCCGAGUAUGUCUUCUGGCCGCCCUGCAGAAAUACUACGAGGUGAACCACAGCUUCCCCGAGAAGAUCAUAAUCUACCGUGACGGAGUUUCAGACGGUGAGCUCAAGGCCGUGGAGCUGUACGAGAUCCCGCAGAUCCUCAAAUGUUUCGAGACCUUUCCCAACUACGCGCCGAAGCUGGCCUUCAUCGUCGUGCAGAAGAGGAUCAACACGACCCUGUACGCGUACGGGGGAGAUCGGUUCGGAACACCUCCGCCAGGAACCGUGCUCGAUCACACCGUCACACACAGAGACUGGAUGGAUUUCUACCUCAUGGCUCACUCGAUUCGUCAAGGCUGUGGAUUCCCGACACACUACGUAACCGUGUACAACACUGCAAACCUCACAGCGGAUCAUCUCCAGAGGUUGACCUUUAAGAUGUGCCACUUGUACUGGAAUUGGCCCGGGACGAUCCGCGUGCCAGCGCCAUGCAAGUAUGCCCACAAACUGGCGUACCUGUCAGCGCAGUACCUCCACUCCGAACCCGCCAUCCAGCUGUGCGACAAACUCUACUUCCUCUAAAACCAAGGAUUUUCUGAUGUUCUUUUGCUUUAU